AUGAACCGCAUCUUUGGAUCCUCCUCGUCCAAGAAGCCCAGACCCACACUUCAGGAUGCCAUCUCUUCGACGGACACUAGGAUAGGCUCCAUCGAGGUGAAGAUCAAGAAGCUCGACGGAGAGCUCGCGCGGUACAAGGAGCAGAUGGCGCGCCUGCGGAACGGCCCUGGCAAGAACGCGAUCCAAGAGCGCGCGCUGCGAACGCUCCGCCAGAAGCGCAUGUACGAGGCGCAACUCGCACAACUGACGCAACAGACCUUCAACAUGGAGAGCGCGGCGCUCGCGACGGAGAACCUGCGGAACACGAUGGCGACCGUCGACGCGAUGCAGCUCGCGAACAAGGAGAUGCGCAAGCAGUACGGCAAGAUCGACAUUGACAAGAUCGAGAACAUUCACUAUGAUAUGGAGGACCUGCUGGAGCAGGCGAACGAGAUCCAGGAGACGCUGGGGCGGUCAUACGCCGUGCCGGAUGAGAUCGACGAGGCGGAUUUGCAAGCGGGUGAGUGGUUUUGUCUGGACGUAGAGGAGAAUGGCCCGUCGUAUCUAGACGACCUGAACAAGGUCCCGGACUUCGUGGACGAGGCACCGGUGGAGUUGCCAGAGGUACGUUCCAUGCUUGUACCAACGCCCGCAUGCUGUUCACGAACUAUGCAGGUGCCGGAGCAGAAGGAGGCGGUCAAGACGUCGGCCUAA